AUGGCAAAAGACUUACCACUUCUGGGAGACAAGGGUGCGCCUAAGUUUGAUGAACAAAAACCAGAAGAACUACUGCGUUUCCUUGACCAGUUAGACGAUCUGUUUGAAAAAUAUGGGGUCAAGACGGACAAUGAGAAGAAACGCGUAGUAUGUCGAUAUAUUUCUCCAACAACAGAGUCCGAAUGGCGCGCUUUCAGUUCGUUCCAAAAUGGGACCUGGAAACGGUUCAGAAAAGACCUUAUAAUGUCAUACCCAGAGGCGGUCAACCUACACCGGGGUUCCAUCGAGGCGUUAGACAAAAUUUGCAGAAAACACAGCGGAAAUAAUCAGAUCGAAAGCCACGACAGCCCAGGAUUAAUGGCGUUAGUCCGAACCUUUAGAGCAGAAGCCGGUAAGCUACUACAGCCGCCGGCUCUGGUGUCGAACAGAGAUCUAGUGGAACGCUUCAUCGGAUGUCUCACGUCUGAAUUUGCGGGACGAGUAGGUCAGAAGCUGGACUUCAAGUUAGACACGACAAAUGUCGUCAAAAAUCUGAGUCAGCCGCCUGCAGAAGAAGAUAACGCAGACGAUACAGACGAGAUCGAGUUAGUGCGUUGGGAGGAUCGACACAAGUUUGUAGAUGUAGUCGAAGCCGCCAUCAGCAUCGCUGAGAGGGCCGCAAAAUGGAACUCAAACACCUUGAUGAAGGGUACGUACAGUACAGCGCGUGCGUACGGGACGUCAGACCUAGUUCCAGAAUCCAAGGACAAGAUCUAUGUCAAAUUAGAGGAACAAAUAUCUCAGUUGUCGGAUGUAAUCAGUAACCAAGAACAUAAACGAGCGCUAGAGCUAAAAAUGCUACAGGAAAGCCAGCAUAAACAGAUGUUAGAGUUCCAAAAUAUGAUGCUCACCUUCAAAAACAGUCUACAGCUAAACACUGUACCGACUGCAGCGUUUCCGCAGACGGCUCAAACAGCCUUCACACCCAAAGCUCGCAUAAGUCAGACCACGGGGUGCCAUUAUUGUAGGGAGGAAACUCACAUUAUAGUAGAGUGCCCACAUGUGAGACGACAUCUAGAAAACAAAUGGGUCAUCAAGAAUGCCGAAGGGUAUGUAAGAUUACCAGAUGGAUCGCAGGUGCAUCCGAUGGGAAAUAAGUCGCGAAAAGAGGUAGUCGAAAGCUUGCAUAGGACACCAGGGGUUAUACCAGUCGGUAAGACUUCGAGCUUCUGGCAGAGUCACAACGAUUCACCUCUGGAUGCUGCUCACUACCGACUUCAUAGACAAUACGAGUUGUCUAAAUCCCUUAUGAGUCUCCGAGAAGACUUUGGGGACGACGCGUUUGAGGCUGUGAUGGGAAGACAGUCGGGCCUCGAUGAAGAGGAAGAGCCAACCCUGGGAAAUUUUCCCUAA